CUUAGGGCACCUUCUUAGAUUCAUCAACGCGGCUAAAAAUGACAAAGCUCUCCGAAGUCAUUGCAAAACAGGCAGAUGCUUCCGUAACGCUUACGAAGCAUGUAUUCCUUAACGCCGUCAAAGCAGGAGAUCGCAACGUUGCUCUCUCUCCCCUCUCCGUUAACAUCGUUAUGGGUAUGGUCGCCGCCGGCUCAAAGGGCCAGACACGCGACAGCCUUCUCUCUUUCCUCAACUCCGACUCCACCGCUGAUUUUGACGCUUUUGCCACCCACGCCGUCACCAAAAUCCUCUCUGACGCCAGUCACAGCGGUGGCCCUUGUAUCACGGCGGCUAACGGUGCCUGGGUGGAGAAAACUGUUAAUUUCAACCCUCCUUUUAAGCAUCUCUUGGAGAACUCUUAUGAGGCAGUUUGUCAAUCGGUUGACUUUCGUCACCAGGAAAGUCAAGUGGUUAAAGAUGUGAAUUUGUGGUUUGAGAAGAAAACAUGCGGGCUAAUAAAAAGAGCAGUUGAUAUUCGUCAAUUUUCCCCUGAAACUAUCCUUAUUCUUGCAAAUGCAAUUUAUUUCAGAGGAGUUUGGGAUGACGAGUUUGAUAAAAGAUGUACUAGAGAUACGGAUUUCUACCUUAUGAACAAAACAUCCGUCCAAGCACCCUUUAUGAGUAGCAGUCAUAAGUAUCGAUAUGUGAAAGCAUUCAAAGAUUUUAAAACCUUGAGACUUCCAUAUAAAAGCAGCCAUGAUGGGGGUCGACAAUUUUCCAUGUUCAUCAUCUUGCCCAAUGCAAUAGACGGUCUAUUCACCUUGAUGGACGUCAUUACCAAAAACUCCGGAUUUCUCGAGCGGCAUGCCCCAAACAAAUUAGUGAGAGUAGGUCGAUUCCGGAUACCGAAAUUCAAAAUAAACCACGGCUUUGAUGUGUCAAAAACUAUGUGGGAGCUUGGUGUGCAGCUCUCAGGCGAUGAUAUGAGAGAAAUGGUGGUAAACCUUCCUAAGGGGAUUUCCAUUAUACCAAUAAUUACACACAAGUGUGUUGUUGAUGUUCACGAGAGAGGAACAGAAGCUGUGGCUUUUACUGGGCUGGGCCUUGGUGGAUGCAGUCGUCGCAUUGAGGAAGAGAAAAUAGACUUUGUGGCAGACCAUCCCUUUGCAUUCUUCAUUCGAGAAGAUGUAUCAGGGGCUGUUGUCUUUGUUGGGGCAGUGCUUAAUCCCCUUCUCUAAGAUGUAGUUUAGGUUACUAAUGAAUACUCCCUCCGUCCCUAAAUGUUGUUCCAAUUGCGGAUUACGAAGGUUGACUGACGAUAAAGUUAAAUGAUCCCUGUGAAAACUCGGAUUAUUUUUAGUAAAUAAAAUUUACAUAUUCAGAAACUACAUUAAACCCGCUACAAAGCCUGCAAAAAAUAAUUCAAUUUUUAUAAAAUUUUGAUAUAAAAAGUAAGAGUUUAAGAUGAUUUAAGUUGACCCUCGAUAAGCGAAAUGGAACUUCUUUUAGGGACAGAGGGAGAGGGAGUAUUUUUUUGUACACAUAAUUUUUAAUCGAAGGUACAUUGCUUUGUUCUCUGUAU